AUGGUCGGUAAGGUUUCCUGGCCGUCCGAUUUGAUCGACUGUGGAGAAGAAGAAGAACACACCCUUUCUGUGGGAGAGAGGACGAAGCGCGAGGAGGGAGAUGGGGAGCGCGGAGCUCGCGACGCCAAUCUUUCCACUCAGCGCCUUCAAUGUCAGCGUUGGCGUCGCCCUGCUCUCCAUCGUCGCCGGCGCGUUGUUCUUGUGGAUUUCCAGCCGCCGCUCCAAGAGGGCUUUGGAUCCCGAGAAAUGGAUCGAUUUCAAGCUGGUCAAGAGGGUCCAGGUUAGCCCCAACGUUACCAAGUUUCGAUUUGCAUUGCAGACUCCAACCACGAUUUUGGGACUUCCAAUCGGCCAGCAUAUGAUGUGCCGUGGUAAAGACCGAGAUGGAGCUGAUGUGAUCAAGCCUUACACACCGACGACGCUGGAUUCGGAUGUUGGUUACUUCGAACUCGUUGUCAAGAUUUAUUCUCUAGGACGAAUGUCUUACCAUUUUAGCGAGCUCAAAGAGGGUGACUACUUAUCGUGCAAAGGACCCAAGGGCCGCUUCACUUACAAGCCAAACAAAUUCAGAGCUUUCGGUAUGCUUGCUGGUGGUUCCGGCCUGACUCCAAUGUACCAGGUGACUCGGGCCAUUUUGGAGAACCCGGCUGACAAAACAAAGAUCUUCCUCAUCUAUGGGAACGUGACAUAUGACGAUAUAUUGCUCAAGGAAGAGCUCGACAGCAUGGUAAAGAAAUUCCCGGGCCGCUUUGGAGUGUACUACGUACUAAAUGACCCUCCUGCAGAUUGGAGUGGUGGCGCAGGCUUUGUAACAGCGGACAUGAUCAAGACGUACUGCCCAGCUCCUGCCGAUGAUAUCCAGAUUUUGAGGUGUGGACCUCCUCCGAUGAACAAAGCGAUGGCCACACACUUGGAUGCGCUCGGCUACUCUAAGGAGAUGCAAUUCCAAUUUUAAAAAGCGACCAAGAGCGCCUCUAAUGAUAAACAAGAACCAUUUUUUUGCCUCUC